CGAGUCAACUAUGUAUUAUUAUCGCUUCACACCAGUUGCCCCUUCACAGAGUUGCUAAUUGCCCAAUUUUGUUGUGAACAUGGAGUAUUCAUCAGCCAGCAUGUUCUUAUAGGGCAUUUCAAAGCAUGCAGGGAGUCCACCAAGAAACGCCACAGAGGCCCGCUCUAUAUACUCCGUACACCUACGGGCACUCUCCUCUCCUCAAACUAAGCCCCCCUCUCCAGCAGCUGGGAUCCCUUUCCGUGUAUCGCUUCAGGGGGUCCGAGAUCAUCGUCUCGCAGACUCUUGUAGGUGCAGUUCUGUCCACAGGUCCGCAGCCUAUAUCCGAAGUCAGGGCCGUCAUGUCAGCCUCGUGCUGCCCUCGCUUCACAUGCCUACUUUUUACUAGCGCUCGCUUCCUCUCGCAGCCAGCACCAAGGUCUCCGUUGAUCACCUCGUAUAUUGUUUUGCGUAUCUACCGACCUUCCUCGCUUGCAAAAUGGCCAGAGUCCCACACGUCGGCUAUGCAUUGGAUACUAUCUGUACUGCGAUCGAACCCAUUUGUCCUCUCACCUACUCCCGCCUCCUCGCCUUCACCCGUCUUCCUUGUAUAUAGUCUCACCUGCUUGUCCUUCUUCGUUUCCUUGUCCCUUUUCAAGCAGGUCACCCAAGAUAUAAUAAGUUGUUGCCGCGGUCUCAGCCAUUACUACUACUUCAUAGGUAUAUCUCACCGUCCACUCUGGCUGGCUGGCUUCAAUUCCGGCAUCUCUCAUGUCAACCGCCUCCCCACUUUCCUAGAAUACCGCCUUUCCCCGCCCUGGACAGGCCGUUCAUACAUACAAACUCACAAUAACCGCCCAGCCAGCCAUUUCCAACUCGACUCGCGUCCUCCGUCUGGCCGAGAGUCGGCACAGCAUCCCUUGCACCCUUGACCUGGACAACUCACGCUCCCCGCGCAGCCAGGCAUGACGCUCGAUAUGGUUAUUUAACCUGUGCUCCUGCGACAUCAGUAUACCGCCGUCGUCCACCACAUUGUCUUGUGGAACACCGGGCAAGCUACGU